AUGUCGAGCGUUAUAUAUCAACGACAAUGGCUACCUGUAUUUAUGCUUUUAUAUUAUUUAUUAUCGAUAGCACAAUCAUCGGAUUCAUCCUCUGCUAUUCUAAUACAAGAGAGCGCGGCGGAUGCGACAAAUCAGUCACUCUUCUGGGGAACUUAUCGCCCUAAUCUCUACUUUGGUACAAGAACGCGAGUACCAGAAUCACUUAUGUCUGGGUUAAUGUGGUUUGGUGUGAAUGACUUUGUUGGAUGGAAAGAGAUACGCUAUGCAUGCGAUCAAAACGAUGGAUUGACAGAAUAUGGAUAUAAAAAACACGAUGGCAGGUCUCUUGCUAUUCAGACGCUGACUGACGAGAAGAAUAACGUGACCUUGAAAACUGAAUUCAUAAAGGUCCGUGGCGGUGUGCACGGCGGCAGUUGGGGGGUAAGAAUAUCUGGAACGCCUACACAUGAUGGGCCCUCCAGAAUAUCCGUAAUUUAUCAUUUCGGAUUAGAAGGAGAUGGAACUAUUGAUCUGGUCAAUGAAUUAGACGAGGGGGGAAUAAGUAAUCCAGUCAGACUUCAUGGAGAUUCUCCUGAUCUUGGGAAGUUUACUAUCAGUAUUGAAGAUGGUCCCAAUAGUAAUAUACCUGGUAACAUACCCGACAACUUUACUCCUGAUUUAUCCAAAACUCAAUAUUGGGGAAGUCUAAUUCCAGAGGGUGAUAUAUGGCGUGCCGAAGAUUAUAUUGCUGGAAAUAUUAUGGAUACAGUUAAGGAAAAGGACGGGGUAAUCGCAGACAUUGAGCAUACUCCACCCUCCGCAGUUCUUACGUUGCAGAAUAGGGUUCGUUCAGAUUCGAAUUUUUACGCAUUUCAGAAGUUUUUUGAAGCCCCAUUCCAGUUUGACAUCUAUUUUAAUUCUGAAUCAGCUGAAUCUGAGCUUAAUGCUGGUACCUUCUCUGAAGCUCUUCAGUCAUUUGAAUCCUCAUUCGAUGAUCGUUUUGAACAGACAUUCCAAUUGCAAUCAAAAGGCUUUAAUGCUGAUCAAAUAUCAUUCGCAAAGGCAAUUAUGAGUAACUUAUUGGGAGGAAUUGGAUACUUUUACGGAUCCAGUAUAGUAGAUAGAGCAUAUCAAGAAGAAUUUGAAAAUGACGUUGGGUUUUGGAUAGAGAAACGAACAGCAAACCCGCAAUUAACUCCUCCAAGUGUAUUAUUUACUGCUACGCCAUCACGCCCAUUUUUCCCAAGAGGAUUUUAUUGGGAUGAAGGCUUUCACAAUAUGCUCAUUGGAAAGUGGGAUAAUGAUUUGAGUCUUGACAUUAUUAAGCAUUGGGUUGCUCUAAUUGACAAUGAUGGAUGGGUCGCACGUGAACAAAUACUGGGAGAAGAAGCACGAAGUAAAGUGCCGCCAGAAUUUCAGACACAAUAUCCUCACUACGCGAAUCCGCCCACAUUGUUGAUGGCAAUUAGAGCAUUUAUAGAACGAAUGAUUAACGCGAAGGAAGGCAAUAUAAACAUAAACGACGUGAUUAAUCAGGAAAUAUUGCCCAGUGAAAUUAUAUCAACAAAUGACCAGACCAUUAUUAGAGACAGACAUUUGUAUGAUCGUGAGCUGGGUGAACUAUUCUUACGACAAAUAUAUUAUAAAUUACGUGCUAAUUAUCGUUGGUUCAGAAGAACUCAGUGGGGAGAGAUUAAAGGCUGGGGAAGAAAGGCCCCUAGUCAUGAAGCGUAUCGGUGGAGAGGUCGCACGCCUGGGCAUACUUUGACAUCUGGUCUUGACGAUUAUCCUCGACCAUCGCCUCCGCAUCCAGCUGAACUUCACGUUGACCUGAUAUGCUGGGUUGGAUUCAUGGCAAGGUCACUGAGGGAUAUAGCCGAGCAAUUGAAUGAAGAGGACGAUUACGAUGACUUUGAUGAAGAGUAUCAUAAUAUAGUAGAAAAUAUUCAUGCUUUGCAUUGGAGUGAAAAGUAUCAAGCCUUCUGUGAUCUCUCUGUUGAUGAGAAAGGUGAAUCAAUCCACGUCUGUCACAAGGGAUAUUUGUCAUUAUUCCCAAUGCUCUUAGAAAUCCUACCAAGCGAUUCACCUAAACUCGGGGCUAUUCUUGAUCUCAUACAUGACCCGAACGAGCUAUGGUCUGCAUACGGUGUUAGGUCACUCUCUAAAUCGGACAAAUUCUUUAACACGGGAGAAAAGUACUGGCGUGGACCUAUUUGGAUUAAUAUAAAUUACUUGGCGUUAUCAGCUCUUCACCGGAAGUAUGCAGCCGAUCCAGGACCAUAUCAAGAAAAGGCGAGGAUUAUUUACAAGGAAUUAAGGGAUAUCAUCAUUAACAAUGUCUAUAAGGAAUAUAAGCGCACUGGAUACGUCUGGGAACAAUAUUCAUCCAGCACCGGUCGAGGAAAAAGAAGUCAUCCAUUCACUGGCUGGACUUCUCUCGUAACGUUGAUUAUGGCCGAAACUUAUUAA